CUAGCAAGAAUCUUGAGAAAGUGAGGCGGCUGACGUGGGUGCCGAGAGCCAAGUUUCGGGGAAAUCGGAAACGCGGGGGUCCUGUGAUUGGAGGCGCUGAAAGAAGGAGCGUUUCCAGAGUGAGGUAGUCUAUGGGAUCCGGCGGCCUCAGUCCCAGAGAAGAGGUUCUAAAGUUAGGGGAGCGCCUGGGAUCGUAAGAAUCGGUUUGGAAGAAGCUGACAAAAGUUCGGAGAGACGAGGCAGGAGGCCGAAGCGAGAGUGCAGGCUCCUUGAAAGAACAGUAACCUGCCCCUGGGGUUCACCAUGCCCUCCGACCUGGCCAAGAAGAAAGCAGCCAAAAAGAAGGAAGCUGCCAAAGCCCGGCAGCGACCCCGAAAAGGGCACGAAGAAAACGGAGAUGCUGCCACCGAGCCGCAGGUGGCAGAGGAGAAAAACGAGGAGUCCAAUGGCAGCGAGUCCACAGAAGUGGACUUGCUGGCCAAGGAGCUAGAGGACUUUGAGAUGAAGAAGGCUGCUGCUCGAGCUGUCACUGGGGUCCUCGCCUCUCACCCCAACAGCACUGAUGUCCACAUCAUCAACCUCUCGCUCACCUUUCAUGGCCAAGAGCUGCUCAGUGACACCAAACUGGAACUGAACUCGGGCAGACGCUAUGGUCUUAUUGGCUUAAAUGGAAUUGGAAAGUCCAUGCUGCUCUCUGCUCUCGGGAAACGGGAAGUGCCCAUCCCCGAGCAUAUUGACAUCUACCAUCUGACCCGCGAGAUGCCCCCUAGUGACAAGACACCCUUGCAGUGUGUGAUGGAGGUGGACACGGAGCGGGCCAUGCUGGAGAGGGAGGCCGAGCGGCUGGCGCACGAGGAUGCGGAGUGUGAGAAGCUGAUGGAGCUGUAUGAGCGCCUGGAGGAGCUGGACGCCGACAAGGCAGAGAUGAGGGCCUCCCGGAUCCUGCACGGGCUGGGCUUCACCCCCGCCAUGCAGCGCAAGAAGCUCAAGGACUUCAGUGGAGGCUGGAGGAUGAGGGUUGCCCUCGCCAGAGCCCUCUUUAUUCGGCCCUUCAUGCUGCUCCUGGACGAGCCCACCAACCAUUUGGACCUUGAUGCCUGUGUGUGGUUAGAAGAAGAACUCAAGACUUUUAAGCGUAUCCUGGUCCUCGUCUCCCAUUCCCAAGAUUUCCUGAAUGGUGUGUGCACCAACAUCAUUCACAUGCACAACAAGAAACUGAAGUAUUAUACGGGUAAUUACGACCAGUACGUGAAGACUCGCCUGGAGCUAGAGGAGAACCAGAUGAAGCGCUUCCACUGGGAACAGGACCAGAUCGCGCACAUGAAGAACUAUAUCGCCAGGUUUGGCCAUGGCAGCGCCAAGUUGGCCCGGCAGGCCCAGAGCAAAGAGAAGACACUACAGAAAAUGAUGGCAUCGGGCCUGACAGAACGGGUUGUUAGUGACAAGACGCUAUCGUUUUAUUUCCCACCAUGUGGCAAGAUCCCUCCACCAGUCAUUAUGGUACAAAACGUGAGCUUCAGGUAUACGAAAGAUGGGCCUUGCAUCUACAACAACCUAGAGUUUGGCAUUGACCUCGACACACGAGUGGCUCUGGUAGGGCCCAAUGGAGCAGGGAAGUCAACGCUUUUGAAGCUGUUAACUGGAGAGCUACUCCCCACAGACGGCAUGAUCCGAAAACACUCUCAUGUCAAGAUAGGGCGUUACCAUCAGCAUUUACAAGAGCAGCUGGAUUUGGACCUCUCUCCUUUGGAGUACAUGAUGAAGUGCUACCCGGAAAUCAAGGAGAAGGAAGAAAUGAGGAAGAUCAUUGGACGAUAUGGUCUCACUGGGAAACAGCAGGUAAGCCCAAUCCGGAACCUAUCUGAUGGCCAGAAGUGCCGUGUGUGCCUGGCCUGGCUGGCCUGGCAGAACCCACACCUGCUCUUCCUGGACGAGCCUACCAAUCACCUGGACAUUGAGACCAUCGAUGCGCUGGCUGAUGCCAUCAAUGAGUUUGAAGGUGGCAUGAUGUUGGUCAGCCAUGACUUCAGACUCAUCCAACAGGUGGCACAAGAAAUCUGGGUCUGUGAGAAGCAGACAAUCACCAAGUGGCCUGGAGAUAUCCUAGCCUACAAGGAGCACCUCAAGUCCAAGCUGGUGGAUGAGGAGCCUCAGCUCACCAAGAGGACCCACAAUGUGUGAGCCCUCUGCCCAGGCUUGGGUCAGGAGUUCCCCUGGGGACUUGACAGCUGCUACCCUGACCAGCCGCUCAGGAUGGGACCCCAGGGCUGCACUCCUGCGUUGCUGCAAACUGCUCCCCAGCCUCGCCUGCCCCUCAGCCGGCCUUAGCUGCACUCUUAUGUACAGCUGGACAGUACCUGUCCGUUUCCUGUCUUCUUCCCAGUGACCUUUGUCCAGGUCUGGACUCAGCUGGCUCUUCCCUUCCAGCCCCUGGCUGGUCACCUGAUCUGGAUAGUGAUGCAGCCAGAGGCAUCUGGGAGUUAGUCCAAGGGCUGAAGCCCUGGAUUUGACCCGUGAAUGAGCUUAGGAUUCUCAUUUUCUGGAUGUUGGUGAUGUUGGUGGAAACCUCCAGCUCCACCGCCUCCAUUCUUUCUGAGUCUCAUUUGGAGCUCUAGACCAAGGCUUUAGUCUUGGUCAGUUUUAAAAUAAUUAUUUAACUGUAAUCUCUAGACCUGUGUGACACCUACAAAGCGUCCAAUAAAGGGAGAAGAGUCCACGGCA